CUCCUUGUUUACUAUAAAAUCACGGGUCGCUUAAUAUUAUGCAAUGAAUAUGCUUCGUAAAAAUGACUUAAAAAAGGAAUUUAUGGUAGUUUACCAGUUUUCGCCCAAGCCUAGCUUAGCAUCGCAGUAAACUUCCUGGUUGUUUCCAUGGUUUCAGUGAAAGGGGCGCUUUCUCAUUGGCCACUGUAAAUGUCAAUCAAGUUAUUCCCGCCUUUAGAUAAGGUAGAGCCAAUCAGCGGCAAAUAAAUACACACACGCUUCAGGUCCAACCAAUCGAGUUCAUCCAUUUAAAAACGAAAGCGACCAAUCCAAGCAGAGGGCUCUUGAGUUUUGCGUCUGCUACAAUCGACCCUUGCGGAGGUGUUAACGUAAGUAAUGUAGUUUUUAACGGUAUUGUUCAAUGAGUUAAGUUAACUUGUCAAACAUACUAGCGCAUAUUAAACUUUGCAUGAUAUUGCGGACAGAAUUGAUUUUCGUUGAAUAUGACAAAAACCUGAAAUCACUCUAAUAAUGUUGUUGCCAUGGUAUAGGUUUGCAAUGCUUACAGGACAUCAUAGACUCCUAUGGUCCUGUGCAUGCACUCCGACUAUGUAACGCUAGUAUAAGACAGUUAUAUUGUAACUUGGCCAUUUCCUGUGCUACUUCUUAGUUUGUUUACAGUUACCGCCGCAGUUAUGUCCCCGGAGGAUCGCCAGAGUCCUACUCGUGGUAUCGGCAAGUCCCAUGGGGAAGACGCCCCUCUGAACUGUGGUGAUCUGGACACCUCCCCAGAGGAAAGGAAUUGGGCUAAAACACGCUCAACUCUUCAGCCCAGUCAUGGAGAGAGCCACUUUCUCCAAAUGCUCAUGGAUGCUGAAUCUGCUGCCAAUGCUGCUGCUGCUCAACUCGUCUCUUUUAAAGAUGCUCUGGACGAUGAAACAACAGCUUCCAGACAGACAGCACAUAAAAGCAGAAUCACACGACAGAAAGGGCUUCUUCUGGAGAAACUGGAUGACUUUCGACAUAUAAAUAAAUCUGUUCGUCAGACAUUGAAACAACUCCAACAAGCAGAGGCUGAGCAGGUGCAUGCAGACAAACAAGUUCACAAUCUACUGAUGAGGAUUUCAAUGGCUGAAAAUGAAAAUGAGGUUUUAAAAAAGGAUUUAUGUGAAAUGGGAAAAAGACUUGAAGAACUGAGGGAUCAGAGAAAAGAAGAGCAGGACUACACCAAAAGUGCAGUCAAUUUUACCAAAUCAGUUGAGGCGACGCGUGCUCACCUUCAGGGCCAGCUCCGGAGUAAAGAGGCAGAAAACAACCGUCUGACUGUGCAACUGCGGACUUUGGAGCGGACAGUGACUCAACAGAGGUUGGAGAUGGAGGAUUUGAAAACUUCGUUCACUGCGCUGAGAGAAAAAGCAGCACAGGAUAAAGAGGCGCUGAAGAAGGCCACCCGGGCACAAAAACACAGGGCUGAGCGUUUCGAGGCAGCAGUGGAAAAGUGUUACGCUCAGUUGAAGGAAAAGGAGGCAGCGCUUACCAAUGCCCGUCUUCAAAGAGACUCCAAGAAGCGCCAAAAAGAACUGAUAACGGACGAGAAAGACAAACUUAUUUCUCAGAUAACCUUUUUAAAGAGCCAAAUUAUAGAGCUAAAUGCAAGGCUACUGAAGGAAAGGGAGGACCUCACUACUGCCAAUGAAAGCAUGAUGCAGAAGAUCCAAAAGCUCACAGCUGAAAACGGAGACCUCAGCUUCAAUAAUGCAACACUCAAGGCAUCUGUUGCUCAGUUGGAGGCACAGCUGGCCGACUGUGAGGCUGCUCUGGUGGAAGAGAAACUUGUGUCUCAAGAGAAAAACCACGAAGCCAAACAAUUACAACAUCAGGUAGAGGAUCUUAAAGCGGAAAUUGCUAAAACAAGAAUGCUGCAUGCUGGUGUUUUAAAGCAGAUAGAAAGCAUUCAAGAUGGGAGAGAGGCAGGAGUUGAAAAGAUGGAGAGUCAAAGGAAGCAGCUGAGCUCGUCCACAGAGAUGAAAGAGUCCAUCCAUGAGGCCAAUUCACAACUGCAGGAGAAAGUUCAUUCGAUGCAAAUGGCGAUGGACAGUUUGCAGCAGGAGAACACAGAGCUGAUCCAGAGGUUGGGUCGUCAGGAGGAGGCUGUGGGCAUCAGUAACAGACAACUGGACCAGCGCUCGUCUGAAUGCCACGCCCUCAGCCGCCAGCUCGACUCCGCUCUGUCUGAUGUCACACAGCGGGUCAGCAAAGUUAAAAACCAAGCUGCUGCUCGGGAAGAGGCUCUUCAAACCAAGAUUUUGGAGCUAGAGGCACAAAUAUGUAGAAGAGAAAAAGAACUCAGUCUACUGCGACAGAGCAAGAUAACCGCAGAGAAGCAGUUUGAAGUACGUCUGAAAGAUCUCCAGUGUAGCUUGGACAAGUCUGAGAGCCACAAACAGAGCAUUCAAAACUAUGUGGACUUUCUAAAAAACUCUUAUACAACAAUGUUUGAUGAAGGACUGCAGGCAACGUGUUUUACUUCAUCCUAUUUUCUAAAAUGACAUACCUUAGUUUGCAUCAGUAAUUUACUAUAAUAUUUAUGACUACUUGAUCAGCUGUGAAUAAGGUAAUGUAUCUGUCUAAAGAGGAUAUAUUUAAAUUCUGUGAUUUGUCUGUAAUAUUUGAUUUUGUAAUGCAAUGUAAUGUAAUGAAAACGUUGUGAACUGUGAACUAUGACCUGUGGUGCUACUGAUUUUAACAUACACAUAAAAAAAAAUUAUAAUAUGGAUUAGCCCUCCCAUUCACUUUUAGAUCUAUGGCUAUGAUUUGUGGGCAGUUUCCUAUGUCGACAGUGAUUUUGUCAGGUUGUCCCACACAAAAGCUUAAUUUUUAUCUGUCUUUGCUUGUUUUUCUCUUUCAACACAUCUUAAAGGUGCAGUAACUUUUGUGGUGGUCCACAUGCUUGUCGCAUACUGCUUAACCUGGAAUGCUCCAUUAUGACAUUUAUUUUUAUUUAUUUUGAGGUGAUUCAGAUGUGUUUAUAAUGCCAGAAAAUACCUUGAAAAACAGGCAUUGUUAUGAUGUCUACCUUUAAAAAAAAAAAUUAAAUUUAAAGGUUUUUUAAAAAUCAUUAUUAAACCCAAACCUGACUGUGUAUAAAUUCCUUC